AUGGCAUUCACCGGUCGUCCCAUUCGCGCCUCGGGCUCUGCUUCAGAUCGCCGUCAUGCAAUUGCUGAGUUUGCGCACCACUACCCGACCGACCCAGUCGAUGUCAUUAUCGCCGACUUCAUGAGCGAAUUCAAUAUGGCCACGGCUGCUGGUCGGCGGGUGGACCAAACAACAGCUGUUGGCGCGACUGCGUCGCCGGCAUACGACCUAUCAUUUCUAGAGGCGUUAGCCCCAGCCUUGGAGGAUCUGGCCAAGUAUGGCAUCAAGCUAGCAGUCAAUGCCGGUGUCACCGAUACAAAGGGCCUCUACGAAGUGGUGAUCAAAAUGGUCCAGGCGAAAGGAUUAGACCUGAAGGUAGCCUGGGUUUCGGGAGAUGAAGUGCUGCCCACUAUUCAAGGUUCAUUGAAAGCCGGCCAGUCCGAGUUCCGGAACAUCUACACGGGCGAAAAGCUGACCGACUGGUCCUUCGAGCCCAUCUUUGCCCAGUGCUACUUAGGUGGAUUGGGUAUUGCGGCGGCAUUGGCCGGGGGCGCCGAUAUUGUGCUCUGCGGGCGAGUCUCCGAUGCAUCGCCUGUCAUUGGAGCUGCAUAUUGGUACCAUAACUGGAAACGCAGCGAGCUUGACAAGCUGGCCAACGCUUUUGUCGCUGGUCAUCUCAUCGAAUGUAGCAAUUACGUCUGUGGAGGCAACUUCACGGGGUUCAAGGCUCUGGAACAGAAUGGGGAUGGCUGGGCCAACAUUGGAUAUCCCAUCGCCGAGAUUUCGGCGGAGGGAGACGUGGUGAUCACCAAGCAAGCACAUGUAACUGGUGGCGCGGUUACUGUCGACACCUGCACGUCUCAGCUUCUCUACGAGAUUCAGGGACCGUGGUACUAUAACUCCGACGUCACCGCCAUCCUCGAUGGCAUCCACUUCGAGCAGCGCGGUAUCAAUCGGGUUGCCGUUCAUGGCGUUCGAUCUGGGCCUCCCCCACCCACAACCAAGGUGGGCAUCACCGCUCGGGGUGGCUUCCAAGCGGAGGUAUGGUGGUUCUUGACGGGCCUCGAUGUUGAAUCCAAAGCACGCAUGAUGGAGACGCAGGUCCGCCGUCUGCUGGCUCCGUAUGCCGAUCGGUUUACGUCUCUCAAGUUCGACCUCCUGGGGUCACCGUUGGCAGAUACUGCAGAUCAAAAUCGUGCGACUGCUCCUCUCCGUAUUGUGGCUCAGGCGCGACAUGCGGAGGAUCUGGCGCCCAUCCGCUUCCUGAAACCCAUCACGGACAACAUGAUGCAGGGCUACCCGGGUGCGACUUGCCACCUGGAUGUGCGACAGGGGUUUCCCCGUGCCGUCUUCGAAUACUAUGUGACUCUCUUACCCCAGAGUUCUGUGCGGCAUCGAGUCCAUUUGCCAUGGAAGCCCACGGCUAGUACGCAGGUCCUGGAGAUCUCCCCGCCUCCCACCGCGAAGAUCUACCCGUCCCAACAGCCCUCACAGGCUGUCACUCACAGUGAUCAGCCGGUCGAUCUCGCUCGUGACUUUGGUCCAACGGUCCGGGGGCCCCUGGGAUGGAUUGUUCACGCUCGUUCUGGCGAUAAGGGAUCGGACGCCAAUUGCGGCCUCUGGGUCCGACAUCGCGAUGAAUAUCUCUGGCUGCGGACGCUGUUGUCAGUUGAUACUGCACGCCGGCUGCUGGGCAAGCCCAAUCCUGCUGCAACGGUGAUGGGAGACAUUGACCGGUUCGAGCUGCCUGGUCUACAGGCCGUCCAUUUCCUCUUCAAGAACCACCUGGACCGUGGCGUGGGGGUGACGACCACGGUGGACUUUCUGGGGAAGAAUGUGGCGGAAUUUCUGAGAAGCCGGCACGUCGAUCUUCCUGUUCGGUUUCUGAAUCGGGGCAAGCUGUAG